AUGCUACUCCACUCCUUCGUCUGCCUGGCCGCCUUUUGCGCUCUGGCGGCCGGCUUCUGGACACCUUUCGCCUCGGCAAAGACAAAGCAGAAAGGUCAUUUCAAGAUCGACCAGGUCCCGAACGGUGUUACCCGUCGCAAUGGCCCGGCUGAGUAUGCCUUUGCCCAUCUCAAGUACGGCCUUGAGGUGCCCGAUGGUCUCGCCAAGGCCGCCUCGCGCUUCUCUAAGCUGAGCAGCGCGGACGGACCUGGAGGAAGUAGCGAGGUCCCUGCAUGGGCCCAGGAGUUCGAUAUCGAGUACCUUAGCCCCGUCAUGGUUGGCGACCCAGGCCAGUUGGUGUUUCUCAACUUCGACACCGGCUCUUCCGACACGUGGAUGUACAGCUCCGAGACGUUUGUCGGGCACAUGGCAGGCCAGCGUUUCUAUUCUCCCGAGAAGUCCAGCACGUCCGAGAGGAUCAAGAAUGCGACCUGGUCUAUCCUAUACGGCGACGGAAGCUCCGCCAACGGGAUUGCCUAUCGGGAUCUGAUGUCGAUUGGUGAUCUCCUCAUUCCCAACAUGACAAUCCAAACGGCCUCGUACGUUUCGUCCAUGAUCAUGCAAGACCUCAACAUGUCUGGCCUUGCCGGAUUGUGCAUCAACCACCCCAGCACCGUCGGCCCCAGGCAGCCGUCGCUGCUCGACAUGCUCGAGCCCAUCCUGGAGGAGCACGUCUUCACGGCAGACCUGCGGCACCGCGACACGGGCCGUUACCGAUUCGGCAAGGUCGACAAGGAGGACUACGUGGGCGAUAUCAAGUGGGCGGCCAUGAACAAGACGUCCAAGUACUGGCAGUUCGACCUCAACGGCAUCCACGUGGGUGACGACCCGAACUGGUACUUUGCCACCUGGCCCAUGAUCCUCGACACGGGCACAACCCUGAUGCUGGUGCAGCCGGACUUGGCCGAGAUGUACUACUCCAAGGUUCCAGGGGCCACGUACGACGAUUGGUUUGCCUCGUACAGCUUCCCGUGCAACCAGUCGGGGGCCCUGCCGGACUGGGAGUUCGACAUCGCGGGCCUGCGCGGCAAGGUCCCGGGCCGAUACUUCAACUACCAGAACAUAUCCGCGACGGAGUGCUACGGCGGCAUCCAGCCCUUCCCGGUGGACCUGGGCUUCGGUAUCCUCGGCGACGUCUUUCUUAAAGCGGUGCUUGCCGUCUUUGACGUGCAAAACAAGACGGUCGGGUUUGCCAACAAGGAGCUCAAGGCUUAG